AUAUUUGAUUAAAAUUUUCUUUGUUAAAAUUGAAAUGCAACAUAAGAGAUAUGAAUACUUGGAAGGGAAAUAUCAUUUUUAAUUAGAACAGUUUAAUUUCAAUAAAGCUUUUGUUAAAAGGUGUUUAGUAUCUCAAGAUUAAAGAUUUGUUGCAAUAAGUGUUAGAGGAUGUUAUGAUAACAAUGUUUAGAAAACAAAUUAUCAUUAUUAUUAUUAAAUUUGGAGUUUAAUAGAGAGAAAAUGUAUUAAAACUUAUUAAAUUCAUUUGUGCUCUCCUAUAUCUCAAUUCAUGUGUGAUUUUUCUGAUUGUUCUUAAUGUUUUGUAAGUUUUAAUUGUAAUUGCUAAAUGACAAUAGUUUAUUUAGAAGAACAAAAAGAAAGCCUAACUAUUGAUUUACCAGGACAUGAAGUAAUAGAUAAAUUAAUAAUUAAAUCAGCAUAAAUAUUCACUAUUAUAGAAUAAUUACUAUAUAUUCACUGCUUAAUAAAUGGAACACUAUAAUAAAAAAUAGAAUUUGAUUUCAAAUUAGAAAAUUUCAUACCUUUAACACCAUGUAGAUAUUUGAUUUCGAAUUAAAAAAGAAAAUCAGUUUAAAUUUGGAACAGAAUUAAUAUGAGAAUAUAAAAACAAAAAGAAAUAUUUCCUAAGAAUCAUUAUGAUGAAUUUUUUUACUUUAAAAAUAGAAUUAUUAUUGGUUAAUAAUAGAUGUGUAUACAUUUACUAUCACCAAGUAAAUUACAAAUCAUUCGGAAUAUUAACAUAGAAUAUUAAUUCUAUAAUAUUCUUAUUGAUCACAAUAUAUCCAUACUAAAUAUUUAUAGAAGUUUAUGUCCAGAGUAAAGAAAAUUUGAUUAUAUGAAUGUAUUUCCAGAGAUUUAAAAUUUAGAAUCUAAUCAUCACAAUGAAGUUGAUUAUACAUUUGAAAAUAUGUAUUUUUAUUCUGGAAUUGUAAUUGGUUGGGAUUAUGAUAAUCCUAAUAAAGUAGGAUUUAUGAUUUAUUAAUUUUCAAAUUGA